CAGGUCCAGCGUCCUCUCAGCCACUGCCGGCGGUGGGAGGGGCGCGGCUGCAUCUCCGCUGACAGCCCCGCGUGCACAUCGGCUGGGAGCAACCGGCAAAAAACUCCCGUGGAUCUGCCCGGAGCCGCUGGACCUCGCACGUCCCUCUUUAGCUCCAAGCCAGCCUGGAGGAGAAUUUUCCCCGAGGGAAGUACCACCGAACGGAUCUGGUGCGGGAAGCGACUCAGGUGCUAUAAACUGCAAACAAUGACCCUGUGUUAAUACUGCAGACAUAUCAUAGUGGAACCAAAGGGAACUUAAGUUACUGCCUCAGUAUGGAUAUGCUUUUCAAAUGUGAAUGUCCAAUUAUCAUGCCUUCUUGUUGGAUGGAAGAUCGAUUAGCGUGGAUUAAUUAAGUUUCCAGGUUAACCACGUUCUUCUCAGUUUGAAACCAAAAGUAAGAGGAGACAUUAAGAUUUUCAUUCUUUCUGGGCUGCCUCCUUCCUCAAGAGCAAUGGAGAUGCUGUUCAGUGGAAGAAGAGUAAUCACAUCUCUAAUUUUCUUCUUGUUAAAAUUCUCCAUGGCUGUUGAUAUACCACUUUCAGUUCAACAGGUUCCAACAAUCAUAAAACAGUCAAAAGUGCAAGUUGCCUUUCCCUUUGAUGAAUAUUUUCAAAUUGAAUGUGAAGCUAAAGGAAAUCCAGAACCAAAAUAUUCGUGGACUAAGGACGACAAGCAUUUUGAGCUGUCUGACCCUCGGAUAAUUGCGUCUAACAACUCAGGAACAUUCAGGAUCCCAAAUGAAGGGCACAUAUCUCACUUUCAAGGGAAAUACCGCUGCUUCGCAUCUAAUAAAUUGGGAGUUGCUAUGUCGGAAGAAAUUGAAUUUAUAGUUCCAAAUGUUCCAAAAUUCCCCAAAGAAAAAAUCGACCCUCUUGAAGUGGAGGAGGGUGAUUCAAUUGUCCUUCCAUGCAACCCUCCCAAAGGCCUCCCACCUUUACACAUUUAUUGGAUGAAUAUUGAAUUAGAACACAUUGAGCAAGAUGAAAGAGUAUACAUGAGCCAAAAGGGAGAUUUGUACUUCGCAAAUGUGGAAGAAAAAGACAGCCGUAAUGAUUACUGUUGCUUUGCUGCAUUCCCAAGAUUAAGGACUAUUGUGCAGAAAAUGCCAAUGAAACUAACCGUUAACAGUUUAAAGCAUGCUAAUGACUCAAGUUCAUCCACAGAAAUUGGUUCCAAGGCAAAUUCAAUCAAGCAGAGAAAACCCAGACUCCUAUUGCCUCCUCCUGAGAGUGGCAGCAGGUCUUCAGUUAUCAUCCUCAAAGGAGAAACCCUGCUGCUUGAGUGCUUCGCUGAAGGCCUACCAACUCCACAGGUUGACUGGAACAAAAUGGGUGGUGAUUUGCCAAAGGGAAGAGAAACAAAAGAAAAUUACGGCAAAACUUUGAAGAUAGAGAAUGUUUCCUACCGAGAUAAAGGAAAUUAUCGCUGCACAGCCAACAAUUUCUUGGGAUCAGCCACUCAUGAUUUUCAUGUUAUAGUAGAAGAGCCCCCUCGCUGGACAAAGAAACCUCAGAGUGGCGUGUACAGCACUGGGAGCAGUGGUAUCUUGUUAUGCGAGGCUGAAGGAGAACCUGAACCCACAAUCAAGUGGAGAGUCAAUGGCUCCCCGAUUGAGCGAAAUCCAUUUUCUGGUGAUGUCAUCUCCCCCGGGGAAAUCAGUUUUACCAAUGUACAACCAAAUCACACCGCGGUAUACCAGUGUGAAGCCUCAAAUGUCCAUGGCACUAUCCUUGCCAGUGCCAAUAUUGAUGUUGUAGAUGUUCGUCCAUUGAUACAAACUACAGAUGAAGAAAAUUAUGCCACAGUAGUUGGGUACAGUGCUUUCUUACAUUGUGAGUUCUUUGCUUCACCCGAGGCAAUAGUGUCCUGGCAGAAGGUAGAAGAAGCAAAGCCCCUUGAAGGCAGACGAUAUCAUAUCCAUGAGAAUGGCACGUUACAGAUCAACACAACCACGGAAGAAGAUGCUGGUUCCUAUUCCUGUUGGGUAGAAAAUGCUAAAGGAAAAACAGCUGUCACAGCCAACUUGGAUAUUAGAAAUGCUACGAAACUUAGAGUUUCUCCUAAGAACCCUCGUGUCCCCAAAUCACAUACACUUGAAUUACACUGUGAGAACAAAUGUGAUUCAUAUUUGAAACACAGUUUGAAGUUGUCCUGGAGUAAAGAUGGAGAAGCCUUUGAAAUUAAUGGCACAGAGGAUGGCAGGAUAAUUAUUGAUGGAGCCAAUCUGACUAUAGCUAAUAUCACCUUAGAGGACCAAGGAAUAUAUUCCUGUUCAGCUCACACUUCCCUGGAUAGCACUGCUGAUAUGACUCAAGUAACUGUCCUGGAUGUUCCAGAUCCACCAGAAAACCUUCAAUUGUCUGAAAGACACAACAGGAGUGUUCGGCUGACGUGGGAGGCUGGAGAUGACCACAAUAGCAAUAUUAGCGAAUAUAUUGUAGAAUUUGAAGGAAACAAAGAGGAACCUGGAAGGUGGGAGGAAUUGGCUAGAGUCCCAGGAAAGGAAACAACAGCCACGUUAUCUUUGGCUCCGUAUGUGAGGUACCAGUUCAGGGUCAUAGCCAUGAAUGAAGUAGGGAGAAGCCAACCUAGCCAGCCAUCAGACCAUCAUGAAACACCCCCAGCAGCUCCAGACAAGAAUCCACAAAACAUAAGGGUUCAAGCUUCUCAACCCAAGGAAAUGAUAAUCAAAUGGGAGCCUUUGAAACCCAUGGAGCAGAAUGGACCAGGACUGGAGUACAGAGUGACCUGGAAGCCACAGGGAGCCCUAGUGGAGUGGGAGGAAGAAACAGUCACAAACCACACUCUGCGGGUGAUGACACCUGCUGUCUAUGCUCCAUAUGAUGUCCAAGUUCAAGCCAUUAAUCAUCUGGGCUCUGCCCCUGACCCUCAGUCAGUGGUUCUUUAUUCUGGAGAAGACUAUCCUGAUACAGCUCCAGUGAUCCAUGGGGUGGAUGUUAUAAAUAGCACAUUAGUUAAAGUUACCUGGUCAACAAUUCCAAAGGAAAGAGUCCAUGGACAUCUGAAAGGAUAUCAGGUAAACUGGUGGAAAACAAAAAGUCUGCUGGAUGGAAGAACACAUCCCAAAGAAGUAAACGUUCUGAGAUUUUCAGGACAAAGAAACUAUGGAAUGGUCCCUUCUCUAGAUGCUUUUAGUGAAUUUCAUUUAACAGUCUUAGCCUUUAAUUCCAAAGGAGCUGGUCCAGAAAGUGAGCCUUAUGUAUUUCACACACCAGAAGGAGUACCUGAACAACCAACUUUUCUCAAGGUCAUCAAAGUUGAUAAAGACACUGCCACUUUAUCCUGGGGACUACCUAAGAAACUGAAUGGAAACUUAACUGGCUAUCUUUUACAGUACCAGAUAAUAAAUGACACAUAUGAGAUUGGAGAACUAAAUGAUAUCAACAUUACAACUCUGUCAAAGCCCAGCUGGCGUCUCUCAAACCUCAAUGCGACUACCAAGUACAAAUUCUACUUGAGGGCUUGCACUUCAAAGGGCUGUGGAAAACCAAUCACUGAGGAAAGCUCUACAUUAGGAGAAGGGAGUAAAAGUGUUGGGAAGAUAUCAGAAGGAGUAAAUCUUACUCAAAAGAUUCACCCAGUAGAGGCAAUUGAGCCGGGAGCUGAACAUAUAGUUCGCCUAUUGACUAAGAACUGGGUUGAUAACAAUAGCAUUUUUGAAGAUGUAAUUGAGACAAGAGGGAGAGAAUAUGCUGGGUUGUAUGAUGACAUCUCCACUCAAGGCUGGUUUAUUGGAUUGAUGUGUGCGAUUGCUCUUCUCACACUAAUACUGUUAACUGUUUGCUUUGUGAAGAGGAACAAAGGUGGAAAGUACUCAGUGAAAGAAAAGGAAGAUCUGCAUCCAGAUCCAGAAGUUCAGUCAGUGAAAGAUGAAACCUUUGGUGAAUACAGUGACAGCGAUGAAAAACCUCUCAAAGGAAGCCUACGAUCCCUUAACAGGGAUAUGCAGGUCACAGAAAGUGCCGACAGCUUGGUUGAGUACGGGGAAGGUGACCAUGGUCUAUUCAAUGAAGAUGGGUCAUUUAUUGGCGCUUACGCUGGAUCUAAGGAGAAAGGAUCUGUGGAAAGCAAUGGAAGUUCUACAGCAACAUUUCCGCUCCGAGCAUAAACACAGCACAUUUAAAUAAAUCAGUCGUUCACACCAACUUUCCAUAUUUAUCUGCUUAAGAGAGUAAGAACUUUCUUAUAGGAUUAGAAACAUAUUGGCUGAAGAUGUCAUCCCCGGUUCAAACAUCCUGCAAGUGAGAAAAACAGCAUUGCCUUGAAAAAAUAAAAUGCCUAGCACUACA